UCUACCAUUAUAACUACCUGAAUAACACUUUUAAGGAGUUCGGACAAAAUCAUCGAGAAAAUUGUCGCGUUCCAGCAACCUUUUGUUGACAGGUUGACAAAUGGGAGUGCCACAUCCUUUUAAGUAGGGCAACGGAUACUAAUUGGGAGCCCGACACUGCAAAUUGAGGAUAAUUAGUUUCAGUGACAACGUUAGCAGUUAUUCGGUUUUUUGUAUUUACUCAAGCAGCCUUUGGUAAAUGUUAAGAUAAUAUUAUCAAAGAUUGACCCUCGAAAUCUGUCCUAUGUGAAAUUUCAAAACUGCUGCAUAAGGUUAAUACUGACGUGAUAAUUGUUAAGAAGGCAAAUUACAAAGGAAUAAUGGAGAUCAAAUUGUUGCCUAUUUUCAUUUUCAUCAGCCAGGUAUUGGUCGACAGUACAAGUGGGGUACAAUGCAUUGGACUCAGCGCUGACGUCGUUUGUGAGUGUGAUGGAUAUGGACGGUGUAUGAAAGGAACACUUGAGAUUGACCCCUGGUUACAGUUCGCUCUCAAAACGCAACGAGAAAUUCAGAUUGAUCUUGCCAUCGACAGAAUGCAAAUAUUUGAUGCUCACAAUGCAUUUAAUAAUCGAGCUUAUGGAGUUGCCUACGGAGCAAAUGAUACAUGUCAAUGGCCGCCACCGUAUGAUAACGUCUGCUUAGGAUGGGCCAAUCAUGAAUUCAGUAUCAUCGACAUGUUAAACAUGGGAGUCAGAGCUGUGGAAAUAGACAACUGGUAUUGCGAUGGUGAGAUGCGGGUUGCACAUUUAGGAACACGGCGUGCCAUAGGUUGCGGAGAGUUCAACGUACUCUUUUCUGACGUCAUAGCAGACAUCGGCCAGUGGAUGCACGAGCCUGGAAAUGAAAAUGACUUUAUUCGAAUCUAUAUCAAUGAAAAGUAUGACCAGGGUUACGAUGCUGAAGUGAAUGGUCCACUGGAGCGUUAUCUGGGUCAUGAUGAGAUCUUGAGUCCUGCUGAUCUAAGGGAUACAUACAGAGGGGUGUACCCGACGCUUAGAAGGAUGAGAGAGGAUGGUAAGAGAGUGUUCGUGGUAAGCGGAGAUGAUACCUUACAUCAAGGUAAAUACAUCCAUGUUGGGCAGUGUGACGGUUCAGGAGAGAAUGCGUUCACCAACUACCCACAGUGUGGCGGCAAAACGGAGACGUACUGCAGGAGAUUUCGCGGUGACGCCACACAUUACGUAUUUGGCGCUAUCUACGACGGACCUACAGCGAGCGGUGCGAUCACGGAUAUGAGUGAGAUGGUGAAAUGUCGUAUCAAUCUUAUUGCUACAGAUAUGGUAACCCCUCAACUCAUGAUGACUGGGGUCUAUACGUGGGCCUAUGGAGAACCAUCAAUACAGCUAGAUGAAGACUCGUGUGUUAUGUUAAACCAUGAAGACUUUCGUUGGUAUACGUCACCUGAUUGCGACCAAUCAUUGAGCUACGCGUGUCAAAGUUCAACAGAUCCUAAUGACUGGUUGGUCAGCGAAUCUACCGGCCCCUAUGACGUCACGCGCGACUUGUGUCCCAUUGGCUAUAAGUUCAGUCUACCUCACAAUGGAUUCAGACAACAGAAGUUGAAGGAGGCAAUGCAAGAAUCUUCUGUAUGGCUAAACUUUACACCUUGGCUGACGGGUAACUUUCCCGUGACAGAAGCCCCUCUUACCAGCCCCUCAGGAAACUCAGCAUAUAACUUUAAACCCACUUGGACCUCUUCUUUAGUCGUGUUUCUUCCUGCGGCUGUUAGCUUAAUGGUUUAGUGCAACGUUUUUCAACCUGGGUGCCGCAAGACAUCUCCAGGGUGCCACGAAUGAAUUUUAGUAAUACAUAUAUUAUACACUCGCUUCGCUCGCUCGCAAUUUUAGAAACAGGAUGAUUUCUGGCAGCAAAGUGCCUGAAUACCUCCAUAUUUCAGCGACGAGGCGCCCCAAUAGCCUUCUAUUUGACAUCGAGGUACCUGACAAAUUAUAUUACAUCUUUUAUAUUACAUUUAAAAACAGGAUAAUUCUGAGCAAUGAGAUGCCUGAAUCUCCUCAUAUUCGUGCAUCGAAUAGGCAACAUAGAAUGAUUUUUAUAUUCAUGUAUUCUGUAGCAGGCUGCCUGCAUACUUAAUUAUGUACUUCAUCUAGUGUGCUGAUUAAAAAGUAGAAUUUUUGUCAUAUCAAAAGUGUCUUCUUCUUUUUAGCUCGCUUGCUCUCGAAAUUUAGAAACGAAAUGUGCAUAUGUGGAGAUGACACUUGACAAGUGUGAGGGUGAUGCAAAUUGAAUAUUAUGUAUAAUGAAUUUGGGAUUGGAGUGACGCGAAACUUUUUGUUUAUCUUAAAAGAGUGCCGUGACUAUAAAAAAAAAGGUUGACAAAAGUUGGUUUUAUUAAUAGGGAUAUAUGGGGGCACUGACGAGUCUCGCCCGAAAAUCAACUUCUCCAUAUUAAAAUACUUUAUUGUAGUUGAUAUGUAAUUUCAUCAAAAAAUAUUUGAUGAUUGUGUGUUAUGAUAAAUCAAAUGUUGUAAUAACAGUCUGCCACUCUGAGAUUCUUGUUAGUUGAUAUUUCAAUUUCAUGUAAUGAGAUUUUAAAUUUCGAUAGAUUACGAAUUGUCUAAAUAUUUGAUGGAAGUGAAUAUUACAAAUAAAGGGCCUCUGUUUUAAAUA